GGAAACAUGCUGCACACCUAUAUCUAUCCUUUAACUGAUCUCUAGAGCUCAAUUACGAAUUGUACAAGUUGUGUGGGUUUGCAGCCAACAUAUGAACAAAAGACAUAUAAAGAGCGAUUCCUCUACCCCCAUUUUCCCUUCGGCUUCGGGGCCAAUUCUUCCAUCUAUCAGAGUGUCGGUUUGCAAUUGCCGAUUUCUAUGAUUCCUGAUAUUAGUAAGGGGUUCCGACUUAUAAGUUACGAAGCUGGGUUUUUGCGUACAGAAAGAUAUAAAAUUCUUGCUUUUUUAUACUAGCUCCGACAGAGUGAAUAUCUACCCAUCCAUCCAUUCGUCGUCACCAUGCCUACAAUCCUCAUAACCGGCGCCUCGGGCUUCAUCGGACAACUCCUCGCCACGCACCUCCUCACCAGCCAUCCCACCGCCCCAGAAAAUAAACUCAUCCUCACCGAUAUCAUCACGCCUUCUGCUCCCCCCUCUCCCCAUCCCCAAAACACGCAAUGUAUCCAAGCCGAUCUCUGCAAUGCCGACUCCCUCUCUUCCCUCCUUUCCUCAGCCGGAACAGUCGACACCAUAUUCAUCUUCCACGGCAUCAUGUCUUCCGGCUCGGAGCAAAAUUUCGAGCUCGGCAUGAAAGUAAAUCUGCACUCUACACUUUCCCUUCUCGAAGGAAUAAGAAACACCCCAUCCUUGAAACCAGAAGGUAAAUUAGUCCGUGUUAUCUACGCGUCUUCGCUCGCGGUCUACGGACGACCACUCCCGGAAACAAUCACAGAGGACACGCAUCCCACGCCCGAAGGCUCGUACGGAUGCCAGAAAUUAGCAUGUGAAACUCUCCUGCAGGACUAUAUCCGCAGGGGGUUUAUCGAAGGACUAGCAUUGCGGUUCCCGACGAUUAGUAUUCGGCCGGGGAAACCGACGCAGGCGGCAAGUUCGUUUCUGAGCGGCAUGAUUCGAGAGCCGAUGGCGGGGAAGGAAUGUGUGGUGCCGAUUAAGGAUCGGGAGUUUGUGAGCUGGAUGUGCAGUCCGAGGACGCUGACGGAAAAUUUGAUUCACGCGAUGGAGAUGGAUUUGCAGGGGGUGGAUGCACAUCGGCGAGCGGUGAAUUUACCGGGGAAGGGAGCGAGUGUGCAGGAAAUGUUGGAUGCGUUGGUGAAGGUUGGGGGAGAGGAGAAGUUGGGGUUGGUUAGGGAGGAGGAGGAGGCGGCGACGGUGAGGAUCUUGAGAAGUUGGGGGGUGAGGUAUGAUAAUGCGUUUGCGUUUGGGUUGGGGUUUAGGGAGGAUAGAGGGUUUGAACAGGCGGUUAGGGAUUAUGUGGAGGGCUUGAAAGGGUGAUAGAUAGGGAAUAAAGGAUGAGGGAAGGGAGAGAAGGAGAAAAGCAUCCUAUAUAUCAACUUUUUUGGAAAUACUCGAAAUCAGAUCACGUUCUAUUGAUGGUAUUUUGCACUUAAUCACACUAAUACGGCAGCAGAGAAUGCUCCGUCUCUCUUCCUUAGCCACCCGAAGGAUUGCUGCACAAAGGAUGGGAUCGGAGAUGUAAACAUAUAUUCUGAAUUCUAACGACGCGAUUCAAUAUGCCGACGAGAAAACCAAAUAAACGUCCAGAUCCUAACGUAGAAUGAAUGAAAAGAAUUCAAGCA